GUCGCCUCACACUUUCAUCAGUCAGCUCAUUUACAGUUUGGACGAACUAAAACUAUCGGUUUUGUUUUAGCAGACAUGGAAGAAGCUGCAGUUAUCUCUAACCAGAGUGUGGUGGACAGGGUGACCAGCCUCCCUCUGGUGAUCUCCACCUACGGCCUGGUGUCCAGCGUGUACUCCAACACCAAGGACACACACCCUUACUUAAAGAGUGUGUGUGAGGCGGCGGAGUUGGGAGUGCGCACCAUCACCUCUGUGGCUUUCACCACCGCUUCACCCAUCAUCGACAAGCUGGAGCCGCAGAUUGCCAUUGCCAAUGACCUGGCCUGCAAAGGUCUGGAUAAAAUCGAGAAGACGUUGCCAAUUCUUCACCAGCCAUCUGAGCAGAUUAUCUCCAGUGCCAAGGAUGUGGUAACCACGGCUACAGGGGUGGUGACGGAGCGAGUGUCCGGGGCCAAGGACUCCGUGUCGGGCACUCUGAGCAGUGUGCGGGGCGCGGUGUAUGAUGGGAUGGAUAAGACUCGUGCUGCGGUCAGUGUGAGUGUGAGCACGGUGCUGGAGAGCAGAGUGGCCCGGAUGGUGAGCAGCGGCGUGGACUCCGCCCUCAGCACGUCUGAGAGCCUGGUGGAGCAGUACCUGCCUCUGACGGAGGACGAGCUGGAGCUGGAGGCAGAAACUGUGACAGGAUUUGACCGGGAGGAGGCGAGCUACUACGUCCGCCUGGGCUCCCUCUCCACCAAACUCCGGAAGAGAGCGUACACCAGAGCCUUGGCCAACAUCAGAGACCGCAAGCAGCGCAGCGUGCAGUUCAUCUCCGAGCUCAACUCCACCGUCGACCUGAUCGAAUAUGGCAGGAGGAAUAUUGACGGGGCUACCCAGAUGGUGAACAACAAACUGAACUCUCAGUCUGUGUGGAAGUCCAACGGUCCAAACCAGCACAACGGUCACGAGGCAGAGGCGAUCGAGUCCCGCACCCUGACGCUGGCCCGCUCCCUCACCCAGCAGCUCCAGACCACCUGCCUGGGCCUGGUCUCCGGCCUGCAGGGUCUCCCCCUCCACAUCCAGCAGGAGGCGCUGUCCCUGAGCUGCUCCGCCUCCCAGGUGUACGGCAGCUUCAGUGCAGCCUCCACCCUGAGGGAGCUGCCUGACAGCGUGCUGAGCACCAGCAGGGUGCAGCUGGGCCGGAUGAAGGACUCCCUGGACAACGUGAUGGACUACCUGGUCAACAACACGCCGCUCAACUGGCUGGUCGGGCCCUUCUACUCCCACAUGGCCCCGGAGCCCCCUCACACACCGGCUUCACGCGCCUCGUCCUCCAGCUCUACCUACGCCCAAUCACAGCGACAGGAGCCCAUGGAGGUGGAGAUGGAGUCGCUGCAGUCCCAUCAGCGAUAGAAAUGCAUUCAUGUUUUAAGUAGCAUAUUUUGCUUUUUAGGCAAAGAUUGAACUCUCUUAAUUCCAUGUCAAUGCUAUUUUAUACUUUUUUUUUUUAAAUGUGUAAUGAUUGCUAAAAUCGCAUUUGAUUUGCCCCCCAAUCUGGUGCUUUCUACAUAAACUUACUGGAAUUAAUAUUACAAUUAGCUUGUUUCCCCUCACAAUAAACAUCUGAAUUUGCUUUUGUUUCUCUAGUCUAGAGGCGACAAAGUAAUGGCUAAUAUUUACCUAUUCAUUAAAUACACACGGCAAGAUCUCAAGUUUUUUACACAAUUACCCACAAUAAAAAUCCUAAUCAUGUCCAGUAAAGUACAUCUUUUUCACCA